GCAGAUAAACAAUGAUCUGACCUGGGAUUUGUUGACUUGUUGCUGCUUCUCCAUAGCAACUCCGGGGCUGUAUCCCACCUCUCAGUCAUCUCCAACUGUCAGCUUAAUAAACAAAGCUUCCAGCGGUGGUGUACAGGAGGGAAAAGUGGAAUGUUUGGUGGCAGUUUCUCCUGUGUCAGGACAGGGAAUAAACAGUUGCAGUACACACAGUAACACGGUUUUACUGUAACAAUGUGGUCCUGGACGGAGGUGUUGUCCUGGAAUGUGGUAACAAUGGAUCCAUCUUGUGGAAGGAGCUUUAUGCAGGUCCUGUGUGAGAAGUACAGCCCGGAAAACUUCCCAUAUAGAAGGGGUCCAGGAGCCGGGGUUCAUGUUCCCCCUGGACCACAGGUGUCUCCUAUGAAAGACCGGCUCAAUCUCCCCAGUAUCCUGGUUAUAAACAGUUGUGGCAUCAACUGCGCUGGAGAUGAAAGCGAGAUUGCUGCAUUUUGCUCUCAUGUAUCAGAACUGGAUCUCUCUGGUAACAAGCUUGAUGACUGGGAGGAGGUCAGCAAGAUUGUUUCCAGUGUUCCCCAGCUACAGUUCCUGAAUCUGAGUUCCAACCCACUGCACCUCUCCGUUUUAGGACGUUCAUGUGCUGGGACAUUCGCUAGCAUUCGCAAGCUGGUUCUCAAUAACUGCAAAGCUUCUUGGGAAACAGUCCAUACACUGUUGAUGGAGCUGCCAGAGUUGGAGGAGCUCUUUCUGUGCCUUAAUGACUAUAACACAGUAUUAUGUUCACCAGUCUGCUACCGCUCACUGAAGCUUCUCCACAUAACUGACAACAACCUCCAGGAUUGGUCAGAGAUCCGCAAAUUAGGCACAAUGUUUCCAUGUCUGGACACUCUUGUUCUUGCAAAUAACAACCUAUCAAAGAUUGAGGACUCAGAGGAGUCUCUACCAAGGCUGUUCCCAAAACUAAGGUCAAUAAGUCUGCAUAAAGCAGGUUUGAACUCCUGGCGUGACAUUGAAAAACUAAAUGCUUUACCUAAACUUGAAGAGGUCAGAUUAUUAGGUAUUCCUUUGGUGGAGCCAUAUACCACAGAAGAACGCAGGAAACUUGUGAUAGCAAGAUUGCCGUCUGUAUCCAAACUGAAUGGCAGUGUUGUCACGGAUGGUGAAAGAGAAGACUCUGAAAGAUUCUUCCUGCGUUACUAUAUGAAUCUCCCAAAGGAAGAUGUCCCAUUAAGAUAUCAAGAGCUGGUGACAAAGUAUGGAAAGUUAGAACCUCUCGUAGAAGUGGAUCUUCGACCCCAGAACAAAGCCAAUGUCUACAUACACUUUGAAGAGAAAGUGGAGACGAUGAGCAUCCGUUUAGAUCAGACUGUGGCCGAGUUCAAGAAACAGCUGAAGAAUUUGGUGCAGCUCUCCACCAACAACAUGCGCCUGUACUUUCUAGACCAUGAAGCCCCUUUUGGCCCUGAGGAAAUGAAAUCCAGCACCCGCCGUUUACAUUCAUAUAAUGUUCAUGAUGGAGACAAAUUUUAUGUGGAACCCAAAAUCAAAUGACCGUUCUUGCCUCUUCUUAUAGUUAUAUAUACAUUCACACUGUAUAUAGCGAUAUAUAUAUAUAUACACACACACAUUACACGGGAUUUUUUUUUUAAUUAAAAUUGCUUUUAAAUAUUUAAAUUUACCUCUUCGUCCCCUUGGUGCCACCUUAGGGAUUUGUACAUCAUAGCAGGCUCCUUAAGUUGUGCCCUACCUGGAGCACUUUGUGAGUUUUUAAAAAACCUGAAAAGCUUUCUGUUUUUUUUAUAUUUAAUUAAGUCAAGAUAUGUUACCCUUUAUAAUAUAAUUGUGUAUAUUAAUAUAUAUAAUAAUUUAUUGCUAUGAUUACCUUAGUUCUGUCAUGUCUCUGAUGAUGCAGAAUACUUUUUUUAGUUUUUCUUUUUUUAUUAUGCUUCGGUUUAAUUUGCUUCCCUUUACUUUUAUAAGAUCUACUGGUCCAGCAUCUAUGGUAUGUGUGUGGCGAUCACUCUGAGCCCCCCCCCCAGUGCCUGAGUUUAUUCAUUAAUUUUACCAGUGACAGACAUAGUGGGGAAUAUUGGCACUGACAAUCUGAUAUCGAGUUUGAGUUCAAUUAAAAUACGAGUCACAGUAUAUACCCUUGUUUUUUUUAAUCUGUCCUACUUUUAAUCCUUUUUCCUACUAGACUUCCUUUUGCCAUGCUUUAGUUAUUCGAUUUUUGUAAACCUUAAGCAGCAUAUCAUUUUUACAUUUCACUAUUUGUGUUACGCUAAACAUUAAUGUCCUAGGCCUAGGGUUUUCAUAAAACACAGUUCCUUUCUACAAUGGCAGUGCAAUGUGCCAAUAACAGGCUCAAGGUGCCAUUGCCGAUUACUCCUUUCCCCUCUGCUAUUUGCGUGUGGUGCUCCAGAGGAUGAGACAGAAGUACUAGAGAAGUAGAGGUAUGGGAUUUGUUAUCCUGAAACCUGUUAUCCAGCAAGCUCUGAAUUAAGGGAAGACCAUCUACCAUUUUAAUCAAAUAAUUAAAUUUUUUUAAAAUAAUUUGUUUUCUUUCUAAUAAUUAUAAUAAUAAUUCCUCAAAAAGUAAUUAUUAAUCCUGAUUGGAGGAAAAACAAUCCUAUUGCAUAUUAAUGUUUAAAUAGUUUAAAGUAGACUUAAGGUAUAGUGAACCAAAUUAUGAUAAAACCCCUUAUGCAGGUCCUGAGCAUUCUGAAUAACAGGUCCCACAACUGUACAGGAUUCCCUUCUACUCUUACAUUCCGUGCCUUGUGCCAGAAUUUUAUUGUGAAUUAAGGCACAGUGUGCGACAGCCCCCAAGAGGAACAAUUUUGCACCCCAUCAAGCUGGAGCGCUUGGGAUUAUUCCAUUGGUAAAUGAGGCCACUUGUUAUUCUUUUAGUUUAUUGUUUUAAAACAUUGGUUCCACCUUCUUUCUCAGCAAAUAGGCUGGCAGUACACAAAGCCAGUGAAAGGGAAGGGCUUCCCAAGUCACUGUGAUCAGACAGUCCGAUAUUUGAAACAGUGAUUUAGUGUACUAGUGAAUGUUUUUUUUUUGGUUAUCUGUGCACCCAGGGCAAGAAGUGGUUGUAAAACAUAUGUGUUUUAAAAGAGACAUGUUUUCUGAUUUCCCCUGCCACAGUGGAAGGAUUUUUAAAAAAAAUACAUUUUGUUGCAAUAGUCUGAGGAGUUUAUUCAUCAAAGUGCCUAAAAUACUAAUGAGUACACCAACAACAGAAUACUAUUGAAAAGUGUAUUAGAUAAUGAAGUGUUAUGUAUGUGUUAAGUGUAAAUAUUAGUGGUGCUUCUUACGCUCCCACUCCUUCCCUUUGGGUUUGCUCCUGUUUUAUUUGAAUAUUUCAUUUAUGCAUAGCUGAUGUUUGUGGGUUUUUGUAUCGCUCUUCCUAAAGAUGAAACUACAUUAACCUAGAAAGCGCACUAUUUCAAUAUUGCAUGUACAGUACUUUCUGUCUUUCCUGGCUUCCAUCUGUCCUGUCUCUGUUCAAUAUACAUUUUUUCCAAUCUCUGUCCUAUGCUUUCCCUGUUUGACAGUGUUUGGAAGAUUCUGUUUCCUUCCUGGUUAAGCAAAUCUGAAACAGCAACAAUGCUAAUUGUGCAGAGUUCUCCCAAGAGAUAUUUCUCUAACUCACAUUUCACUCCAAGGGGUCAGGCAAACAAGGACUCUUUAACUGGCAGAGGCCUGCGGAGACCUAGAAGGGAGCAACAAGCAGAAUGGAACAUAACGUAGUUCCUUGAACAAUGUUAACAAUCCAUGUUCUUAUACAGAUCAGAGCAAAACUAUUCCCAUAUGGCAGUGUUCUGGUGCUUAUGGGGGUAAAGAGAAAGAGAAAAUCAAUUUGAUCUACGUUAAUGUCGGAAACUAUUUUUACAGACUGCAUUAUGAGGAUAUGUGGCAUCUAUUGUUUUGAACCAAAGUUGGUUAGUUACUGAUUACUGAAGGGUUUUGUUUAAAGGCUGCCUCUUGUAAGCUUCUCCAUUUUUACUCUGCCAUAGGCAUGCUGCCGGCAUUUCUACUAUUUUGUGAUCUAGUAGCAAAUCCACCCUAAGGCAGUUGUAAUUUAAGUGGACCUCAACUAUCAUUUUUCAUCACAAGCAGUGUUUUGUUGAUUCCCAGUAGUAAACAGGUUAACCUAACGCUAUUUGAUAUUAUUGCUCUUUUGAUCUGGAUCUGGUGAACGUAGCCUAGAACUGCUAGUUGAAGGUGUCAGCAGUUCUUUACGAGUUCUGCCUUGCAGUUUGUAGAGUUAUAUUUUUUUAUUCAACAUUUUGCCAGUUUUGGGUCAGCAUUUAUCCAGGCUUUAUGUGACCAUUUUAGAAUAUAUAUUUAUACCAUUUGUUAAUAGUUCUAAGAGGGCUUUAGGGAAAAAGCACAAAAUAUGAAGGGACCAUUUAUUAAAUUACAUUAAAUUAAUAAAGCAUGAUUUUGCCAUUAUGUUUUAAUGUUAAGUAGCCACAAGAAUCUCAUUCAUUUAUAUAAUGCAAAUGUUCUCUAGUCUGUGAUGCAAUAGUUCCAGUUGAUUUAUCGAAUACUCUGAAUCCAACAUUUCCUUUGAACUAUAAUCAGAAUAUAUUUUACAUUUUGAAUAAAGAUGUAGACUUCUGCAUCCCAUGUAGGCCAAUGUAUUGCCCAUGUAGCUAAAUAUGGCCAAAGAUUGCACAGAUUUAGUAAGACGGGUUAGUCUUCUCAACCACCUAUGCAUUUAUGGCCAUCACAAGGGCAUUAACCAAACACUUUUCCCAUUUGCAGUGGAGACUUAGACAGCUACACAAAUAACUGUUCAUGCUUGUAAUUAAACUUUUAGCAUAUAUACUAAUAUUACUAAUCUCUUGAUGGAUUAACCAGGUCUUCAGUAAUGCCCUGUAUGCCCUCAUUGCCUUUAUAUUGAUUCCAAAUAAAAAAUGCAUUUCUGAUAAAAAAA